GGGUAAACAGGUUUCCCAGUAACACUGACAGUUAGUAAUUCUGUAGGGAUGAAAUGAAAGGGAGAGAAAGCCUUUGGUGAAAGAUGAGAGCUGCACAGGUCUUUGGUUUGUUUGUAUGCUUCAUUUUAUUUGACUGGAUUCAGUCAGAGGCCAGCCUCACACCUGGUGGAGCACAACCUGGGAAGAUGGUUGAUGUACAAUCUGAAUGCACAGAGAAGUGGCUAAUUUGCACUGAUGAUGAUUGGGGCUCUAAGUGUCCAUCUGGAUGCAGAAUGCAAAGGUUAAUAGAUGUUAAGGAUCAACAAAAUGAUGAGCGGAUACAAGAGCUAAAACACAUGCUGAAGAACUAUUCUAAAACAUUUGGGAGUACUCACGUUACUGUGACCAAAGUUGUCAAUAGAAUCAGACAGUCUCUGGAUGGACUGGGAGAGUUUGGAGACACUUAUUAUCAGUUAGUGGAUGAUAUGAAUAGCAAAUUGAUCAACUUGAUGAACAAAAUCAAUAAUCAAAGUGUCAAAUUGAGGAUCCUGAAGAAGAGCGUACUAGAACAACUUAGAAGUAUCACAAGACUUGAGGUUGACAUUUAUCUCAAGAUGCGAUCUUGCAAAGGAUCUUGCAACAUGUCAUUUAUUUACAAAAUCAAUAGUGAACAUAAUGCCCAAAUGGAGAAAUCUCUCAACUCAUUGAAUAGCAUGAGGCUUGAUAGCAUCGUAUAUAAUAAACCAAUACACAAGCUCAGUUUAGAGAAGAAAUUUAAUGCAGUGACUGGCUUCAAAUCUGAUAUCAAUCUGAAAUAUCCCAAAUUCUGGGAAGAAGUGCAUGUGGGUUUAUUUAGUUUAAGUAAUGAUACUCUGCACAAAAGUCCUUAUACUUCUUUUGAUAUGAGUACUGGAUCUGCAAGUAAAGGUCUGGACGUUGACACGGAUAUCAUAGCAAAUGAUGAUGUAUCUGGCACUCUUAGUGGAAUCAACAGCACAAGAAGGGAAAAUACACUCUUAAACCAUGGGAUAAACAGUACAAGAAAUUCUAAUGCAUCCUUAACAGCUCAUAUUCAUGCAGCUGUCAGCUCGGAGAAACAAUAUUUGACAAAAAGCUCUGUCAAAGGAAAUUUUUCAGAAAGGUCCCAUUUCACAGAAAUAUUCCACUCCAUAAGUAGUUCUCAAUCUGUUUUGCAACAGAAUAUCAGCAAAAUCACUAACUCAGUGAAUUUUUCUAAUCCGUCAUUCCGAAGCUUAGAACAAAUUGGCCUUCAGAAAACAACAUUGCCACAGGAGAGUAAGUAUGUUCCUCGUAAUUCAACAUACGUGAAGGCUCGUGAUUUUAAUGAUUAUUCAAAUUCAGAGGAUGCUGACAGUUCUAAAUUAAUUGAAUCCAGGGAACAUGCCAUCUUCUCAACCAAAGAGGUGACAGAAUUCAAAGACAAUGCACCCUGUAUAGAAACCCAUAACAGCAACUACCAAUCCAUUUACGUGGAGGAUUCAAAUACCAUGCAUCCUUCUGUGAACCGAAGUUUGUUCUUUGAUGGAGGAGUCACAGGAUAUGUUCCGGAUGACCAUGUGCACAAUCUUAACGUGGAAACAAUGCACAAGAUUACGAAUUACAUUGGGAAAGCUCUUGAAAUAUCCCUCCGCAAGUCUUACCUGGUUUUCUUGUACAGAUCUGAGUCACCAGACCUACACUCAAAACCACCUGAUUCAUCCACGGUUUUUGAUUUGGAUUGUGAUGAUAUCAUGCAAAAACAUGCAAAGGGCCAUGAGGACGGUUUGUUUAAGAUAAAACCCACUGGAUGCCCUGACAUUCUGACAGUUUACUGUGAUCAGAGCACUGGUGUUGGUGGUUGGAUGUUGGUUCAGCAGCGAAUGGAUGAAUCAGAAAAUUUCAACCGGUCCUGGGAUGAGUACAAAAGGGGAUUUGGUAGCCUUGAUGAUCAAGGCAAAGGCAAUAUCUGGCUAGGGAAUGACAUGCUUCACCUCCUCACACAAAAGGAAACAUUCCUUCGUAUCGAGCUGGAGGACUGGUCUGGAAAUAAGAAAUAUGCUGAGUAUAUUGCAAAUAUAAGCCCUGAAUCAGAAAACUACAUGUUGAAUAUAACCAGUUAUACUGGGGAUGCUGGGGAUGCAUUAAUAAGAGGGUUAGCAGUGGAUGGGGCACGUACUUCCCAUGUAAACAUGAAAUUCAGUACUUUUGACCGAGAUAAUGAUAAAUGGGAGGAGAACUGUGCCCAGUUUUAUGGAGGAGGUUGGUGGUAUAAUAAUUGUCAGGCAGCUAAUCUAAAUGGGAUCUAUUACCAUGGAGGACCAUAUGAUCCUCGUGAUAACGUGCCCUAUGAGAUAGAGAAUGGAGUAGUCUGGGUCCCUUUUAAGGAUAUUGACUACUCUCUUAAAGUGGUGAAGAUGAAAAUUCGACCAAAUACUUCAGUUUAGACAGGGAGCUUCUGUCCUUGUGGGAUAAGUGUUAUCACAAAUACAGUAUAAUGUUUGUCCUGACUUCAGCAAAAAUCUACCUCUGUGGAUAAAUUCCUUUUGUAAUGCCUCAACACUUGAACAUAAGAUUUGCAAAGUGAUGAACAAAUGGGUGAUUUAUAACAUUUCACUUAAUGAACCAGGAACAAGAAACUUGCUCAUAGAUUCAAUUUUCAUUCAAAUAUAGUCAAGAAUAUGUAAGUAAAUGAAAAUGAAAGGGAUAGUAGGCAUUCUGCAUAUUCUAUUUUGUAUUGUGUACAAAAGGCUGACAAAACCUCCAACUUAAUCCAUGCUCCCUAUUUGUACUUAGUUGAUUCAUCUAUGGAAACAUAACAAUCAGCCUUGAUGCUUUUUUUUAAGAGAAAUGGUAUCAUUUUUUCAUUGACAGCUGCCAGCUGACUCCACCCAAUACCCAGGACAAAGACAGUGAACAGCAGAACUCUGAGCACUGUUGAUAAUCUGGGGGUCUAGCUGUACAGAAACUACAUGCUGUAGUUCCCUAAAAAUGGUGACGCAAGUAGACUGGGUCAAGAAGAAGGCAUGUACAGGCCUUUAUGAGUUGGGGAACUGAGUACUGAAGUUGCAGGCAUCAUGUUACAGCUCGACAAAUUGUACCUGGAGUAUUGAGUGUAGCUCUGGAAAGAUGAGAUUAAUGUUAGAGAAGUUGCAGAAAAGAUUCACAAGGAUGUUGCCAGGACUGAAGGACUUGAGUUAUAAGAUGAGACUGCAUUGGUUAGAAUCAGUCACUGUCAAUCACUGUCAUAUGAGGUGAAAUUUGUUAACUUUGCGGCAGCAAUGCAAUGCAAUAUGUAGUAAUAGAAAAAAGAACUGGAUAACAAUAAGUAUGUACAUGUAUAUCAACUAAUCAAAUUACAAUAAGUAUUACAAAAACAGAAAUAAAAAGUAAGUAGUAAGGUAGUAUUCAUGGGUUCAAUGUCCAUUCAGAAAUCGGAUGGCAGAGGGGAAGAAGCUGUUCCUGAAUCACUGGCUGAGUGCCUUCAGGCUUCUGCACCUCCUUCCUGAUGGUAACAACGAGAAGAGGGCGGGAACUGGGUGGUGGGGGUCCUUAAUGAUGGACACCACAUUUCUGAGAGACUGCUCUUUGAAGAUGUCUUACAUGCUAUGGAGGUUAGUAUCCAUGAUGGAGCUGACUAAUUUUACAACUUUCUGCAGCUUACUUUGACCCUGUGCAGUAACCCCUCCCCCAUUCCCCAUACCAGAUGGUGAGAAUGCUCUCCAUGCUACAUCUGUAGAAGUUGUUGAGUGCUUUAGGUGACAAAACCAAAUCUCCCCAAACUCCUAAUGAAAAAUAGCCACUGUCUUGCUUCCUUUAUAGCUGCAUCAAUACAUUGGGACCAGGUUGGGUCCUCAGAGAUAUUAAUAUCCAGGAACUUCAGGCUGCUCACUCUCUCCACUUCUGACCCCUCUAUGAGGAUUGGUUUGUGUUAAGACCAUAAGACAUAGGAGCAGAAUUAGGCCAUUUACCCUAUUGAGUCUGCUCAGCCAUUCAAUCGUAGCUGACCCUUUUUUUUCUCCGCCUCAGCCCCAGUCCCAGCCUUCUCCCUGUAAACUUUGAUGGCCAAUCAAGAACGUAUCAAUCUCCACUUCAAAUACACCCAACGACCUGACCUGGCCUCCACAGCUGCCUGUGGUAACAAAUUCCAUAAGUUCACCACCCUCUGGCUAAAGAACUUUUUUUGCCUCUCUUUUUUUGAAUGGACGUCCCACUAUCCUGAGACUAUGCUCUCUAGUCUGAGACUCCCCCACCAUGGGAAACAUGCUUUCGACAUCUACUCUGUCGAGGCCUUUCAAUAUUUGAAAGGUUUCAAUGAGAUCCUCCCUCAACCUUCUAAAUUCCAGCAAGUACAGGAGCAGAGCCCAUCAGACGUUCCUUGUAUGAUAACCCUUUCAUUCCUGGAAUCAUCCUUGUGAACCUCCUCUGGACCCUCUCCAAAGCCAGCACAUCGUUUCUGAGAAAAGGAUCCCUAAACUGUUCACAAUACUCAAGGCGAGGCCUCACCAGUGCCUUAUCGAGCCUCAGCAUCACAUCCCCGCUCCCAUAUUCUAAAUCUCUUGAAAUGAAUGCUAACAUGGCAUUUACUGUCCCCCCCCCCCCACUGACUCGACCUGCAAGUUAACCUUUUGGGUGUUCUGCAUACGGGGUCUCAAAUUCCUCUGCAUCUCAGGUUUUUUGAUUUUCUCCCCUCGUUUAGAAAGUAGUCCACACAUUUAUUUCCACUACCAAAGUGCAUGACCAUGCAUUUUCCAACAUUGUGUUUCAUUUGCCACUUUCUUGCCUGUUCUCUAAUCUGUCAAAGUCCUUCUUCAACCUACCUGUUUCCUCAACACAAACUGCCUCUCCACCAAUCUUCGUAUCAUCUGCAAACAUGGCAACAAAGCUAUCUAUUGCAUCAUCUAAAUCAUUUAUAUACAGCAUAAAAAGAAGUGGUCCCAACACCGACCCCUGUGGAGCACGACUAGUCAUUGGCAGCCAACCAGAAAAGGAUCCUUUUACUCCCACUCACUGCUGCCUACCUAUCAGCCAAUGUUCUAACCAUGCUAGCAACUUUCCUGUAAUAUCAUGGGCUCUUAACUUGGUAAGCAGCCACAUGUGUGGCACCUUGUCAAAGGCCUUCUGAAAGUCCAAAUAUUCAACAUCCUCUACAUCCCCUUUAUCUAUCCUACUUGUAAUCUCCUCAAAGAAUUCCAACAGGUUCGUCAGGCAGGAUUUUCCCUGAAGGAAACCAUGCUGACUUUGUCCUAUCUUAUCCCGUGUCACCGAGCAUCACCGCAUCCUUAACAAUUGACUCCAACAUCUUCCCAACCACUGAAGUCGGGAUAAAAGGUCUAUAACUUCCUUUCUGCUGCCUCCCUCCUUUCUUAAAGAGUGGAGUGGCAUUUGCAAUUUUCUAGUCCUCCAGAAUCAUGCCAGAGUCCAAUGAAUCUUGUAAAAUCAAUACUAACGCCUUCCCAAUCUCUACUGUUAUCACUUUCAGAACCCUAGGGUGCAGUUCAUCUGUCUGAGUAAUUUAUGUACCCUUAGUCUUUCAGCUUUUUGAGCACCUUCUCCCUUGUAAUAGCAAUUGUACUCAGCCGUGGAUGAACCAGGAGAUACGUUGUCCGCUGAAGGCUAGAUCUGUGGAUUCAAGUCUGGUGACCCAGGCUUGUACCAGAAAACCAGGUAUAAUUUGCGGAGGGCUAUUUCAAGGGCAAAGAGACAAUUUUCUAACAAGGUUGGAAGCGACAUCAGACGCACAGCAACUCUGGCAGGGUUUCCAAGACAUUACCUCCUACAAAGCGAAACCCAAUCACAUGAAUGGCAGUGAUACUUCAUUACGCCUUCUAUGCCUGCUUUGAAAGGGAGAACACAACUACAGCUGUGAAGAUGCCUGCUGCACCUGAUGACCCUGUGAUCUCUGUCUCAGAGGCUGAUGUAAGGCUGUCUUUAAAGAGAGUGAAGCCUCGCAAGGCAGAAGAUCUAGAUGGAGUACUUGGUAAGGCUCUGAAAACCUGUGCCAACCAACUAGCCGGAGUGCUCAAGAGCAUUUUCAACUUCUCACUGCAACACGCGGAAGUUCCCACUUGCUUCAAAUAGGCAACAAUUAGACAAGUAGGUAAGAAGAGUAAUGUGAGCUGCCUUAAUGACUAUUGCCCAGUAGCACUCACAUCUACAGUGAUGAAAUGCUUUGAGAGGUUGGUCAUGACUAGACUGAACUCCUGCCUCAGCAAGGACCUAGACCCAUUGCAACUUAUCUAUCGCCACAAUAAGUCAACGGCAGACACAAUCUCAAUGGCUCUCCACACGGCUUUAGACCACCUGGACAACACAAACACCUACCCCAGGAUGCUGUUCGUCGAUUAUAGCUCAGCAUUUAAUACCAUCAUUCCCACAAUCCUGAUUGAGAAGUUGCAGAACCUGGGCCUCUGUACCUCCCUCGGCAAUUGGAUCCUUGACUUCCCAACCGGAAGACCACCAUCUGUGCGGAUUGGUGAUAACAUACUCUCUUCGUUGACGAUCAACACUGGUGCACCUCAGGAGUGUGUGCUUAGUCCACUGCUCUACUCUCUAUAUACUCAUGACUGUGUGGCUAAGCAUAGCUCAAAUACCAUUUAUAAAUUUGCUGACGAUACAACUAUUGUUGGUAGAAUCUCAGGUGGAGACGAGAGGGCGUAUAGGAGUGAAAUAUGCCAACUGGUGGAGUGCUGCCACAGCAACAACCUGGCACUCAACGUCAGUAAGACAAAAGAGCUGAUUGUGGACUUCAAGAAGGGUGAGACGAAGGAACACAUACCAAUCCCCAUAGAAGGGUCAGAAGUGGAGAGAGUGAGCAGUUUCAAGUUCCUGGGUGUCAAGAUCUCUGAGGAACUAACCUGGUCCCAACACAUUGACAAGGCAAGACAGCAGCUAUACUUCAUUAGGAGUUUGAAGCGAUUUGGCAUGUCAACAAAUACACUCAAAAACUUCUAUAGGUAUACCGUGGAGAGCAUUCUGACAGGCUGAAUCACCGUCUGGUAUUGGGGGCGGGGGAGGGGGGUGGCGGCUACUGCACUGGACUGAAAGAAGCUGAAGAAGGUCGUAAAUCUAGUCAGCUCAAUCUUAGGUACUAGCCUACAAAGUACCCAGGACAUCUUCAAGGAGUGGUGUUGAUUGUCAGCAAGGUGGAGAUGUUAUUACCAAUCCGCACAGUUUGCGUCUUCCCGUUAGGAAGUGGAGGAUCUGGUUGCAGAGGGAGGUACAGAGAUCCAGGUUCUGUAACUUUAUGAUCAGGACUGUAGGAAUGAAGGUUUUAAACACUGAGCUAUAGUCAAUAAACAGCAUCCUGACAUCAGUAUUUGUAUUGUCCAGGUGAUGCAAGGCUGUGUGAAAAGCCAUUGAUAUUGUGUCCAGUGUGGACCUAUUGUGGUAAUAAGCAAAUUGCAGUGGGAAUGUCUUCCUUGGAUCAAAGAGGGCUGAGGGGAAAUCUUAUAAAGAUUCACGAAAAGAGAAAAUGAGACGACAAAGGUUUAAGUGAGAGGAGAAAAAUUUAGAGACAGAUACAAUGGGGUCUUUUUAGAGACACACAUCAAAGUUGCUGGUGAACGCAGCAGGCCAGGCAGC